AGAUUGUCCUCACCGACACGGAGUCGGAAAGAAAAAAUAAAAAAGGAAGAAAAAUAAAAAAAACUGAUGUUGCGCUUGCGAGAAGGAGAGUUGGUGAUUGCCUUCGUGGCUUCCACUCAAAUAUUCGUACGGUGACUUCUCACAUAGAGAGACAGAGGCGGGGGGGCCACGAACACCAAUUUCUCAUAUUCUUUUUCUUAUUGAUUUUUAGAAUUUCUUUUCGCUUUUCUCAAGCUUCUUCUUUGUUUCAUCUUUAUGAUUCAAUAGGAUCUUCUUCUUCUUUUUCUUUUCUCCCAAAGAUCAGUAAUCAUCAAUUCUUUCAUUUCCUUCUGAUUCUGCUCGCUUCUGUUUUUAAGAAUAUUCUGUUUGAAGAGAAAUUCUCACGCUUACUUUACUUUUUUCCAUCUGGGAUCGAAGUUUCUAGCUCUAAUUUUGAUCCCAUUGUUUCUAAAUUUGUCAUUGCGUCUGCAAUGGACGAGUUUGGGGUAUUGACCGAAAGAUUUGGAUUGAAGCCGCAAGGAAAAUCGGCUCCAAUGGCUGCAUCUAAGCAACCUGCUUCCUCAAACACCUUCCACUCUGGGUUUAAUUCCGGUUUGAAUGGUAAAUCCUCCCUCGAUUCUGGUUUUGUUGACGUAUCGUUUCAGAAAAACACUAAACCCGACUCUUACGCUGGGGUUGAUGAUAUUUUCGGGAGUCUCAAUCAGUCAACGAAACAUUUGAGGAAUUCUGCAAGUUCUCCAUCUUCUUUUGACUACGAUUCCAUAUUUUUUGGGUCCAAGAAUUCAGAUCCAACAUAUGAUGAUAUGUUUAGUGGGAUUGCUGGAUUUAAGAGCUCGGGUACAGCGAAGAAGGAGGAUCCGGUCCGAUCAUUUUCCCCAUCUUUGAAUCAUACCUCUCAAAUUGAUGACUUGUUUGGUGAUUUUAGCAGCAAUGUGGUGAAACCAACUCCUAACCCGAACGGAUUAAAAAGUGCACCAAAUAACGCUGCCCCUUUUGAUGAAUUGAUUUCGGGCUUUGAUGAUAGCAAAUCUCGAAUUAACAGAGCAAGCAUGCAGGACAAUCUGACCCAGCAAGCAACUUCUCAUUCUAAAUCAACUUUCAGUUCAGCCAGAGAUCCUUUUAUAGAAUUAGAAUCGGCUUCAAUACCAUCAUAUAAUUCGUCUGAGGCUUUUCCAGAUCCGCUUGAGGAAAUGACCAAGUUCAAUAAUAAAUUCGAUAGCUCCUACAAUUCUUCCCCACCAUUCAGGGUUCCUCCAGUACCAAAGCCAGGUCACAAGGCAGUUAAAGUUAAGAGUUCCUCUUCCUCUCCUAUUGAUGAAUUGGAGGACUUUGCAAAGGGGAAGGUGCGGAAUAACAGUGAAGGGAAUGUGGAUGCCUCAACACGCACAACAAAUAGAAAUAGUAAAGAUGCACAUACUGCAGGACUAAAUCAUCAAAAAACUGUUGAUGAUCUGGACUCCUUUUUCAAUGUGGGUCCUCGAUCAAAGAGUGCUCCAAGGUCACGAACAACAACUCCGGAUCCUCUGUUUGACGUUCCUAAGUACAACAAACCACCUGAAAUACCCAAACCCACUCCCUCAGCUUCCUUUUCCCACAUAAAGAAAUCUUCUUCAGCUGUAAAUUUUGUGGAUGAUCUUUUUUUCGGAGGUUCUCCUUCAUUUGGACAUUUUGAAGAAGUUGAUGGAGAAAGUGAAGAAAGAAGAAGAGCUAGAUUAGGGCGUCUACAGAGGACCCAAGAGCGUGCAGCAAGAGCAGUGGCUGAUUUGAAUGAGCGUGACUUUCAAACACAGCAUGAGCAAGAAGAGAAGCGUAGGAUUGCUGAAUCUCUAGAUGUUGAUAUCAAGCGCUGGGCUGCAGGGAAGGAAGGCAACAUGCGUGCACUGUUAUCAUCAUUGCAAUAUGUUCUAUGGUCUGGAUGUGGUUGGGAGCCAGUUUCAUUGACAGAUAUGAUUACUUCUACUUCAGUUAAAAAAGUUUACAGGAAGGCAGUCUUGUGCAUUCAUCCAGAUAAGGUUCAACAGAAGGGUGCCAGUAUUGAACAGAAAUAUACAGCAGAGAAGGUUUUUGAUAUCCUGAAGGAAGCCUGGAAUAAAUUCAGCAAAGAGGAACUUUAGGCACACCUAGGAUGAUUGUUUUCUUCAGCCUUCAUGUCACCUGCAAAGUAUGAAUAUCCUACUCAGGGAGAGAGGACUUGAGUAUCAUGGCAAGAGUUUCUGCAGGUCAGUUUUGAGGCCGUCUGGCGGCCGGUAUCAUGUUCAACAUAUUCUCAGAGAAAGGUCUCAAAUGUCGUUAGUGUUUGGCAUUGGGGGUAUUACCAGAAAUUUGUAUUCCAUAGGCAAGUAUAGUUUCAUGCUCAAAUUAUGUUGUGGUUUAUAUGGUUUCACCAUAAAUAGUGCAGAUAAUUCUUUGAAUUUGCAGAUUCAUUGAGCUUUUGUAGAGUUUUUUCCCCUUCUUUAUGUCCCUCUUUCUUUCCCCUGGAAGGAAGUUGUGGAUUAAAAGUUGAAAUACGCAUGCAUAUAUAAUAUAUCUUUAUGUUCUUAUCUUUCUUCUGUAAA